AACAUGGCGACUAAAAGUGUAAACAAAUAGAGUUUCUAGUAGUUUUAUAUCAAUUUCUAAGUGAUAUAUGUACAUAUCUCUGUUUAAAGUGUAGAUUUAGGGAGUUUUAAGUAUAAGUCAGCAUGUCUUUAAAUCACAAUCAGAUUCUACAGCACUGCAUGUGUAUAGUAGAUAGUUAUGAUAGUGGCAUGGUCUCUGUAGAAGAACAUAUUGAACAGUAUUUUAACAACUAUCAGAUAUAUGAAGAAGAUAUAAAGGCAUUUAUAAUAGAAGUAUUUACUGGUUGUAUCAGAUAUAUAUCUGUUAUAGAUACAGUAGUCAAUGGUUUCUAUAUUAAAGAUGGCAAAAUAGCUUUAAAAUCUGAACGCAGUCUAUAUUCAGUAUUCUGUUAUUUGAUGUUGUUUAGAUUAGACGAAUUAGGAAUUUCACAAUUUAGAAGAUUUAUUUAUUCACAAGAUAUCAACAGAGUUUUUAAGUUUUUAAAUUUUUUCCUGGAUGAAAGGAACUUAUUAACAUGGAUAAAAGAUUCCUGGUGUAAAUUAUAUGAACAUAGUUUUGUUCAAACUAUACUACUCUCUCCCUUAUUAAGGUGGCACCCUGAAUUAACUGAUAUAUUAACCCAGAUGAGAGACAGAAUUGAAAAUAAAGUUAAACCCAAGAAAUCAACAACCAAAAAUACUGAAAUCAAACCAUUCAAUAUAACUCAACCGAGAGCCAGAAUGGUACCAUUACCAGAACCAAUCCCUAAACUCGCUCCGCAUAAACCAGUACCUAAACAUAUUUAUAGAACUCCUACAGAAAUAGACAGAUUAAAUGAAGCUAAGGAAAUAAAUAGAAGGAUAGCUGAGGAGCAUCUAAUAGAAGCAUCCAGGAAACAGUUUGCUUGCGCCAAUACAGAAAAAUCUGAGAAAACUAAAGAAAUAAUGUCUAAUAUAAUGGCAAAAGAAGAUGCAAAACUGGAUUUUGAUAAAC